ACGGGAAGCAGUUAUUACUCAUUGUUCAAAUACCUUUUCCCCGUUUAUCUUUUCGUAAAAUUUCUGUGAUAGCAUGUGAUGCAAAGCCUUUGUUAUUGAAACAGACCGUGAAGAUUUUAAAAUUUACCUCCUGUCAAAUAAUUCUCUAUUUAUUAUGUCUGAUUUUGCACCCAGUUCAAAUAAACCUAAAGCUUCAGUACUUUACAGUCAAGAACUAAAAUGUAAAAAUAAAUGUGGAUUCUAUGGAAAUCGUGAAUGGCAAGGUUAUUGUUCCCAGUGCUACAGGGAACUAAACCAGAAAAUAAAACCUGUUCAUGACUCUAAAGGACCCUCGAAAAAGGUUGUGAGAAGUUACAGUGAUGCUCACGAAAGCUCAAUUAGUCUUGGCUUCUCAAAAUUUGAGGAGAAGAAGAAGCAGCAUUCAGAGAAAAGAAGUAAAACUAUCAAAAGCAUUAUUAAAAGGGGACACACAUCAAAAGAAAGUUCCACUCAGUCGCCAUCCAAAGACAUCUUUACGAUCGCUGAAAUACACCAACUGAGUAAAGAUUUACAGCUGAAAGAUUCCGUUGCGAAGGAUGUCUUUAAGCAGAUUCAAACCCAGCUGGACAUCAUGAGCAAGUUCUAUGACAAGUCCAUUGAUGAGCAGUCUGAAGUGAUGCAAGAUUUUUACAAUUUUAUGUCUAACAGACUGGAGACCCAUCCUGCUUACCAAGAUUUGAAUAGUGAGCAAGUGGACGUUUUGAUCGACAAAAUUGAAGAGAAGCUGAUGAUACACAUGCACACAACAGUUUACCAUCUGAUAACCUCCGAGAAUGAAGAGAAAGAUCUGGCUCUGCAAAAUCGAAUUCGAGCUUUGAACUGGAUCACCCCUCAGAGGCUCGGCAUGGAGAUCAACGAGAGCCUGCCCGGGGUUAGAGCCUUGGUCGAUGAUGCUAUCAAUGAUAUUGUUGAAAUGGACUCCAAAAUCGCUCCUCAAGAAAAGAUUAGCUGUAUUGUGAAGUGCAGCAGGAAUAUAUUCAACAUAAUCAACCUGUGCCAAGGAGUCACUGCCAGUGCCGAUGAGUUCUUGCCGGCAAUGGUCUACAUAGUCCUGAGAGCAAAUCCAACCCGACUGCAAUCCAAUAUCAAGUACAUCACCAGCUACAGUAUUCCUAUAAGAUUAAGAAGUGGUGAAGGAGCUUAUUAUUUCACCAAUCUGUGCUGUGCUGUUCAGUUUAUUGAAGACCUGACCUCGGAAUCUUUGAAUCUGAGCAACGAAGAAUUUGAGCGGUAUCUUUCGGGCGAAGUUCCUGCUGGUUUGAAUGAGGAAAAUGCAACAGAAAGUGAAGCAUUACGUAUGAUGCUCCAGAGAAUUUCUACAUUAGACAAAAUACAAGAAAAGUUGGAUGAUAUUACCGUAGGCAUGGUUGAUUUGAAAGAUAAAAUUGCUCAAUCCGUGGAAGAUGUAAAGAAAAAGCCUUCAACACCAUUAAUUAUAAAUCCAAAGCCAUAUGUUAUUCCAGCUGGUACAAAUUUGAAUUUAAUACCGAAAAUGCUCCGCAACAGAGUCGUGAUGGAAGAUUCGCCGGAUGAUAUACUUGUGGACAUUGACAGCAAACCGGAAAACGGGGACAAAGAUGCCCAAGAGAACAGUGCAGCUAACACAGCCACACAACUCGCCUUCGGUGAUAAUCCACUUACAGACUUUCAUAGCAUGUCCUUGACUGAAUCAAAAGUCUUGUGUCCUGACAGUCAUGUUACCAUGAUGCAACCGUUGCAUGUAACUCUACCUUCACAAGCCAAUGGGAAUAAUUGUAAGCUGUUUUCUGAAAUGUUGUCUGAGAACAGCAAGGCUGAGCCUGAUGUCAGCCAGACAGAAAAUUUUGAGCCAGUAAUAAAUAUAAAGGACCUCGAGUAUCCCACCGAAAUAUUCCCUGACAGCGAAGAAUCCUCCAGAACAGAUGAAUUGAGGCCUGUAGAUUCUCUCGACUACAUGGACAAUGUUCAGAACUCUUCCGUAAGAGGUUUGGUUGAUCCACUCUCUCCUGAAGCCAGUUUCUUGGAAGAAAAUUUAAACCUUCCUCCUCCACUACUGCCUGUUGUUGUACAAAAUGUCAGUGCUGAUGGAACUAACGAUAGAAUUUAGUUACAGAAUUUGUAAAUUUAUUUAUUGUGUGCAAUACCAAUGAAGUAAUAAAUAGUUUGAAAUUGAUGUUGAAUCUUCAAGCCAUCCUUUAAUCCU